AUGGUAUCAAUUGAGCCUAAGCAGCAGAAUGAAGUGGAAUUUUAUGAUGAACAAGAAAAUCCGGUAUACCAUGAGUAAAAUAUAGUAAGGAAGCAAACUCCUUUUCAAGAGUUCUCGACCCAGUUGAAUUCUUUAGAAAUUUUCAAUCAGGAAUCCCCUAAUCUUGCUGACUGAGAAGAUUUGCAUAAAGCUGAUGCUUCAUUAAAGUAACCUUAAUCAUAGAGCUGCUCUUUUCCAAAUUCAGUCCGUCAUAGAUAUGGUUGAAAUGUGUCGUCCUAGUGAAGCCAAAUCAAACUCAAUUGGAAAAUUAGUCGGCCGUAUGGGAACAAGGCAAUUCUUUUCUAUCAAACAUUUAGUUAAGCACAAAUCUACACCUAUAAAUUGAAUCGAGAGAAUUGCACUUAAAUAUAAAGCACUGGCAGACUGUGAAAACAUUAUGGACGAGAGAAUUAAAUCAAUUGAAGAAAAUAAGGAUCGGCAGCAUAUUUUUAUACACAAUUUAUUAGAAAUCAGGAAAAAAUGAAAAAUUUUGCGGGAAGGCAACUCAGUUUAUGCUCUAAUUUGGAAUGGAAAAAUGAAAAACUUGGUCGGAGACAUCCAUAAAGCAUUUUUAUUUAUCGAUAAGCAAGAAGGCUUCAAGGUGCAGCUUCAUCCAGAAGUGAAAAAGAUGAAAUUUUUGCAUGUAGUUAUGAAAUCAAAUAAUUUAUCUUUACCAGCUCUUAAUUUAUUCAAAAAUGAUAUCAUAAAUGAAGAUUUAUUCCGGGCUGAAGAAGCAGUCAAAGAUUUCGCAUUAAUGAAAACAAUUUAUAAUGAAAUUGAAAACACAGAACUCUAUAGUGUAAGAAAAUUUAAUGAAAAAAAUAUAGAAAUUCGAGUCAAUGUAAUGGAGAUUUAGACAGAAGUUAAAGGGAUAAGCCUAACAUUACAGUUUGAAACAAAAGAUGAGCUGCAAGAAAGCGCCACAGAGAAAAAGAUUUUGGACAAUUUAUUUGAAAAAUUUAUAAUUAAGAAGGAAAGAGGGGGGAAAUUGCUUGUAAAAUUUAUAAAUAUUUUAGUCCAUAACUCAGUAAAGCUUGAAGCUUAUGGAAUUCUUGUAAAAAUUUUGGAGAAAAAUGAUAUUAGUUAUAGAAUUCAGUCGAAAUGUAAUGGCGAGCUUAAUACGACUUAUAAAGUUUUUAAUGAAGCAGGAAAUAAUAAGAUUAUUGAUUUAGAAAUUAGCCAAAGCAAGCUGAGAUGCUUAACGUAUCAGCAGCUUUAUAUCAACAGAUUUAUUCCUUUAAGGCCAAUUAUGGAAGUCAAGCUUUGUGAGCUGGAAAGUCUAUUAUUGACUACAAUCAAUUAUCAAAAAGAAAUAUUGCGACAAGAUUUUCAUUAA